AUGACACAAAUCAUUUGGUUCAGCUUUCUGCUUUGGAUCGCUUCGGCUGAGAAUGGAAGUAUCUCUCUACUAAACCUCGAUAUCGAUGAUAAUAUAUGGGAUGACUGUAGCAAUGGGUACUUCUCAAAUAGUUUCAAUAUCCUUGAUAACAGCAAUUUGGAAUCGAUUCUGGGUUCAGAUAUGGAUGCUCAUAACAGCAAACUAGGAAAUUCUGCUGACAAUUUGCAGGAUAGCAUUUCAUCUGAUUUUUCGCACCUCGAUUUUACUGAUUUGGAGAAAACUAAACAUAGAAGCAAUGAGGAUUCCAAAAUCGAAACCGUUCCAAUCACAACAGGAAAUUAUCAGUUGCGAGAAUUGCCGAGAACAGAUGGCAAGAAUAUGAACAGUAGCAAUUCGAUAAACACUGAGAAAUCCGAAAUAAAAACUGAUCUCGUUACUGAAAAAAACUUGGACUUAUUUGUUCUGCAAAAUCCUACCAUUACAGAUGAAGAAAAUUACAAGUGUCCCCAUAUCGGAUGUACUAUGAAAACGAAAAGUCGUAAGAAAUACAUAGCUCACAGGAAAACACACCCCGAACCCUUUAUUUAUGAAUGCAAAGUGUCCGGUUGUGGGUUAACAUUCAAUAAUCCAUCAUCAUUCUACAGUCAUCAGCAAACACACGCACCCAGGACUGAGUGCGAAAACUGUGGCAAAAUUUUCAGCUGUAAGAAUAAUCUGAGCACUCACAGGAAGUACUGCACGAAAAUCAUACAUGAGGAAAAUCACGAGUGUCCCCAUGUCGGAUGUAGUAUGAAAACGAAGAGUCGCAAAGAAUACAUAGCUCACAUUAAAACGCAUCCCAAACCUUUUAUUUAUGAAUGCAAAGUGUCUGGUUGUGAGUUAACAUUUAAUCACCAAUCAUCGUUGUUCAGUCAUCGGCAAACACACAAACCUAAGCCUGAAUGCGAAAACUGUGGCAGAAUUUUCAGCUGUAAGAAUAAUCUGAACUGUCACAGGAAACAUUGUACGAAAACUCCAUAUGAGGAAAAUCACGAGUGUCCCCAUGUCGGAUGUAGUAUGAAAACGAAGAGUCGCAAAGAAUACAUAGCUCACAUUAAAACGCAUCCCAAACCUUUUAUUUAUGAAUGCAAAGUGUCUGGUUGUGAGUUAACAUUUAAUCACCAAUCAUCGUUGUUCAGUCAUCGGCAAACACACAAACCUAAGCCUGAAUGCGAAAACUGUGGCAGAAUUUUCAGCUGUAAGAAUAAUCUGAACUGUCACAGGAAACAUUGUACGAAAACUCCAUAUAAGAAAAAUUAUGAGUGUCCCCAUGUCGGAUGUACAAUGAAAACAAAGAAUCGCAAGGAAUACGUAACUCACAAGAAAACGCAUCCCAAACCUUUUAUUUAUGAAUGCAAAGUGUUCGGUUGCGGACGAACAUUCGAUAAUGCAGCAUCAUUGUGCACACACAUGCAAACACACCGACCUAAACUUCAGUGCAGAGACUGUGGCAAAUUCUUUACUUAUAUGAAUAAUUUGUACACUCACAGGAAGAGUUGCGCGGAAGUUCCACGUUAG